GACAGGACGGGACAAAAAACUCAGUCGGGUUGUGGCCCUUCUUUCACGGUCCCAGACUGCCAGCGCUUCCGACCCAGCAUAAUAUUGGAAUGGAAUCUGUCCGUUCUGUCGCGUCGCGCGUCAGUCCAUCGCGCGUUUGUACACAGGGCGCUUGUGCCUUACGCUUUCACGACUGCGAGUGCAAAAUUUCUUGCCUGUUUGCAAGUUUCAAAAUAUAAGUGUAAAAUUCUGUCUACCGAUUAUUAUUCAAUUUAUAUUUGAAUGUGAUUGUUUACAAGCCGUAAAACGAUUGGCAACGUGAGCGAUUAAUCCUCAAAUGCGGGUUGGGAAUAUUUGUGGGUGGAAAAAUAAACAUAGCACUCAGGAGGCGUAUAGUAUCGCGGCGCCAGCACGGCGCCCACCUCCGAACACCUGCUGAUGACAGAAUAAAUUGUGAUGCUCACACGAACAGAACCCUAUAGGAAACUGCGUCCUAGAGGACGUCGGAGGACGUUAUAGCGAAACGUUGUUGUUUUCCUCUAUAAAAGUGCCUAAUCAUUGCAAUCAUGGUGGCGAAUCGACGAAAUUUUAUAUUUAGAGUGAGCAUCGUAAUUAACAUCGCUGUGAUGCUAUAUGCGGCGAUGCAUCUGUCUGCAAACACUUCCCCGAUGGUCGAGUGGGUCCCGGUGACGGGCGAUGGCUCCGAGAGGAACGCGGAACUCCAGUAUCUCAAACGUGAAAUCACACGAAACGACACAGAUAGACUUAUAGAGCCUAUGAUCAGGGAUUUCGAGGAAUCCACUUCCCAGAAGUCGACCUCGACGAUGCCGACAACAAACAAAACCGCAUCUAGUACAGUAUCCGCCACGGAUCUAGAAAAAAAGAUAAGUGCAGCGCCUCCAGAUGUUGAUAUAAAUGAAAUGUUAGACAUAGUCGAUGAGAACGGGCUGUCAGAUAUCACACUAACACGACUUCGGAGCUUACUGGCGUGCACAGAAAAGGACUUCCUUCCCCAAACGGUGCAGCGCGGAGAAUUUUGGGUUUUAAAGAACUACAUCCGAGCUGAUCAUGGAACAAUCAUGUGUCAUGAAAGCAUCACAUACACGACGCACGCUGGCUUUGAAUUCCUAGAUAACGUGCUGCCUCUUGUCGAAAGGUAAGUCUUCGGGUGUUUAAGGUCCUAAAGAACGUUUCUGCUAUUUUGAGACAUUUAUGUCCAGUUUUUUUACUGCAGCAGAAAAGCAGAUGAGUUCACGUCCUACCUGGUGUCAAUUGGUUUCUGGGGAGCAAAAGACGCCAAAAUGUAAAUGCCUUCUUCCGCCUUGAAGUUUUGUGGUAUCAAAAUAACAAAACCCAGACAGAACACAUGAAUAAUGGUGCAAUAAACAUUUGAACCAUUUCAAAAACACUACGAAUAACGAUUGCCCAAAAUUGUGCAUUUAUGGAUAUAAUAACAAAAAAUUAAGUUGCUUAAAGUAUAAAAUAAAUUUUAAUGGUAAUUUUAGCGGUAAUUAUUUAAAAUUAAUACAACUUUCAAUUUAGGCCUUGAAGUUCUCGAGAACAUAUUAUUGCAACUGUAAAAGAAGGGAGUAAGUAUUUGAGACACAAAAUGGCAGUCGGUUCUAAUUGACUGGAUUGUAGACACUAAAACACUUUAUGAUUGAAAACCUUUUUUUUUUCCUUUUUCAAUUAUGAAUUUUAUUACCAAACAUGGAUGUUCUUAAUUAUUUUUACGAUAAAAUGAGCCACUCAUUACCUACAGACUUGUUUUAUGGCGAGCGCACUUCGUUAAAUUAAUCGUUAUGGUAUAUAAUAACGUUCUCUGCUGUUUUCGCGGAUCGCAGAUAUAUUAAUUGACUUUUAGGGUAGCGUUAAAACUCGUAUUGAGGAUCGGAUAUGCUUAAUUCGAUAUUGGAAGUCGAUGGCCUCAAAAACAUUUUUAAUGUCCAAAACCAAGUGCAUGCGGCAUUCAACAUUGAAACUUCGUGUUAGGUGAAAAUAACACCAUUUUGUGCUUUCGUCGGAAUUCGCGAGUCAUAGACAUAAAAGAUCUUAUUUCUUAGUUUAGAUUUCAACCUCCACUCUCUUAUUACCUUUGCACAAAAAUUCAAGUUAAAUUCAAAAGUUACCAAUUAAGUAAAUGGUAAAAAACGUAUCAUCUAAUUUAUUUAUCCGCCUUUUUUUCUAAUUUCAUUUGAUCCUGAGUUACGUUCAAACUUUCAAAUAUUCCAGUUCUCAACACGAAGCCAAUUUGAAAUCCAAAAUUACGAAAAUAGACAUAUGAGUCGUAAGACGCGUCAAAUUUGUACAGAUUUCCCUGGGGUACCCUCAAAAGCCGUGUAAUGCCACAACCACUGUGACAAGAGUGAAACAAUUAAGAAGAAAGAUGUAUUGGAGUGUUGUAGGUGAAAUAAAAGAGAACUGUUCAAGUCGACAGUGCAGUUACAAAUAUAAGGUUAGGCGAGCUGCACACUACAAAGACAUAAAAGAAAGCAAGUUGAUGAAAACAACUAAAAAUACAUUUAGAGUGUUGCCAUUUUAGUAUAUACGAGUAUGUACCUAUUGAAAUAAGAGCCUAUCCAACACAGGAAUUUCCCGACUCACCUGAUGCAAUGUGACUUACCGUAGCGAGUAAGCAACAUUAUUUGCACCGCGCAACUCAGAUCGGUAAUAAGGAAUACCAGUUCCAUAUAAAAAUGUUCCCCCUCGGCGCGGGAAUCACUUAGGAAAUAGAAAAGUCGCCCAAAAAAAGUAAUCUCGAAGCUCAGUUGCAUUAUAAAAUCGACUGUUUCACCAUUCAAAUCGUAGUACAUAUAUAAUCGCGAUAAGAAUAGGUAGAUGGUCGAUGAUAUUUCACGAUACCUACACUAUACUAGCUACAACUGUUUUUUUUUUAGAAGCAUUUUUAAAAAGUUUAAGCACAGGGUUUUUUGUAUAGUCUGCCUCAAAAGAAUAAAACUACCAAUUGGAUUAUGGUCGUUUUGACCAGGUGGUGCUUGAGAUUACACACCCGAACAUUCUGAUUACACAUAUUAUGUUAAAACCAGACUAUUUAUCAAUAUCGAUAAUUACAAUCCUCUGAACCUUUUAUAGUUUGAAGAUAAAAUGCAACAUGUUUAUUAACAGCUAAAGUAUAACCAAUAUUCUUUUAAAAUAUACUGCAAUCGAUUGGAGCAAUGAAUUAAUAAAUGUUUUUAAGUUUUAUACAUAUAUUAUAUAUAGAGAAUAUGUGGUCAAUAUUUAAAAUAGUUCUGAUUAAAUUGAUAUGAAACGUAUAAAUCUCAACCAAAAACAACACUUUGAGAUAAUAAAAUUGAGAAAAAAAAAAGGUAUAAUAAGAACUAACUGUGUUUUUUUAAAUGUCCUAAUUAAUUAUUGUUGUCGAAAUUAGUUGGAGGUGAUUUGAAAUUUAAUCACAUAUGCGUGUAGAGGGUGGCUAGCUAUCACAGCACAAAAGGUGGUGGUAGGACCUCUUGUGAGUUCGCGCGGUUAGGUACCACCACCCUGCCUAUUUCUACCGUGAAGCAGUAAUGCGUUUCGGUUUGAAUGGUUUGGCAGACGUUGUAACUAUACUUGAGACCUUAGAACUUAUAUCUCAAGGUGGAUGGCGCAUUUACGUUUGUAGAUGUCUAUGAGCUUCAGUAACCACUUAACACCUGGUGGGCUGUGAGCUCGUCCAGCCAUCUAAGCAAUAAAAAAAAGGUUAUCGCUCUCUAAAGAAUCAAAUAAAAUUUUCACAACAAAUCUCACAGAAGAGACCAUACUUAAAGGUCUCAUCAAAUCUUAAUUUAAAUUUUCCAAAAAUACCGGUAAAGCAAUCGAGUAUAAAUUUCAACCUUCUAAACCGCAUCCGGUUAGCGCUGUCAUUCAACAAAUACAUUUUACUGCCCGAGGUUAUUUUUUUAAUUUACCUCCUUGUUUAUCAUUCUGUCCUUUCACGUAGAAAUACAUAAAUAAAGAGUAAUCCUAAAAUUUCGGCUCAUUUUAAUCUAGUGGCUUUUGUCUAAUAUUAAAAUAAGCAUUUUGCUCAAUCGAAAAGUCAUACGCUUGGUAUGAAUUAGCAGAAGCUGUUUAAGUUAAUUCUAAGAGCAUAAUUCACACAAGGAAUAAUGCUAUUACACAAAAACCUUUUCUUAAAUAAUAAAAUAACAUUAAUCAAAUAGAAUAUUGUAUAUUCAUGUCUUAAAGUGGCGUGUAAUCAUUUUACAGACAUAAUGCAAUGAAUGUAAUGAACGCAUUAUUGUGUUGUGACAUCGAAUUCCUAUAGGUUCAAAUCAAAUCUAUGCACAUAUUUAAUGUUGUGCAAUAAUCUUAAUAUUUCAUACGACUAUUUUGUUGUCAUGAUUACAAUGCACUUACUUUUACUUAUUAAAUGUUAUUAAACGUAGGCGAUUGCAAGCAGCAGCAAUGUUGCGAUGGAUGUGUGGAGUAACGAGAAUGGAUAGAAUACGGAAUGAAUAUGUUAGAGGAAGUCUGAAAGUGGCAACUGUGACAGAGAAGCUGAGAAGUCCGCGUUUGGGAUGGUAUGGACAUGUGAUGAGACGAAAUGAAAAUGAGGCUGGUAAGAGAAUUUUAACUAUGAAUGUGGAAGGAUAUAGAGGAAGAGGUAGACCUAAGAAGAAAUGGAUGGAUUGCGUGAAAGACGAUAUGGGUAAGAGGGGAGUGAGCGAAGAAAUGGUAUAUGAUAGAAGAGUAUAGAAGGAGAAAAAAAGUUGCGCCGACCCCAGGUGACUGGGAGAAGGGUAGGAUAAUGAUGAAUGAUGAUGACUAAACGUUUAUCAGUAACGCAAUGGCAAAACCAUAUUAUAUUGCCAAAUUUGUUGAAACAUUGAAACUUGUCCAAUUAGUGAAUGUACACGUAACCCAAUAAUAUAAAAUUAUCUCCUUAAUGUCCGCACGAAAUCAACAAAUCAACUAACUGUUACUGUUAAUAUGUCAGGAAUGAGUACCACUGUCAAUCUUUGCUCGGGAGUUUUCCUAAAAUACACUGCAUUGAAAAUACACGGCAUCUAAAUAUAUGACAUUUUUGACUCAAAAAAUUUUAAUGCCAAUAUUCGACCUAUUCAGAUAAAGUUCAUACAUUUUUAUUCAAUCCGUAUUGACUAAUCCAUCAGGAGGAACGUCAUACGUAAGCACCUAAAGGAAUUGUGUAUUGUAUUAGGUAACAAUCGAAUGUGAUUGUGCCAUAAAAGUUCCUCUGUAGGCGUCGAAUGGAUGUAAUAAGACAAUAUGGAAUACGAUGUCAGCGCUCAAUGAAAAGCAAAAGUUUUCAAACUGAUGUAACAUUGCCCAUUCUAGAAUAUCACAAAAAAAAACGAGCUAUGUAAAAUUAAAGAAAAUAUUCGAAAAAAAAUUUCUUCCUACCUAUGCUGAUAGUCUUGAGAGGCUAUUUCAACGUAACCUUAACUAGUAGGUGAGCUCACGGGGCUCAAAUCUGACGACGUUGCUAACACGAAGGUUACCGGCGGCACACGAUGAGAGGGUUCCCGUGUCGUGCCGCUUUGUCGAAAUGAAUAAUAAUUCAGUUUGCGCAUUCACACACAUUUGUCUCUCGUUAAUAGAAAAUCAUGUUAUACAAUACGAUAACGGCUCGUUGAUACAUUGCAUUAACGUUGUUCAUUUGUAUUCAUUAAAUUUAUUUGUAGAGUACUGUAGGGAUCUUUAGAUACCGAAAAACUUCAACGACUACCUGUUCAUAGAAUUAAGAAAUCUGCCAGGAAACGUUUGUCCAGUGAUUAAUUGCUACUUGAUGCCGCGUGGGAAGAAGGCGUUUGCUCCAGAUCGUUUAUUUAACUAUCACUAUUGUUGUUUCUUCAACUUACUUCUGAUUCAAACGCUUUGUUAAUCGGCGCUUUAAAAAAAGAAUACAAAAGAAUAAUAAUUUAAAAACUAACUAACUAAUUUAAUUUAAAAAACUAAUUUAAAAAAGACAAGCUCGCUGAAUUUGUUUUUCGGAAUCUUGGAACGGAGCUGUGACCUUGAUGGGAAUUGUUGGCAGGGUUGACAUUCAAUACUUCAUAUUUAAUAAGUGUCUUAAUAACACUUAAAUUGAAGUAAAACACAAAAUCCAUAACCUCCCUCAAAGUACGCCACAAUGCUAAGUUUUGCGCUGUGCUGUACUAGAAUAAUUCCACUUAUUAUAUCACGUCAAUGUUGUCGCCUCACACGACGCCAAACGCACAAUGAACUGAAUGAACAAGUUAAAUUACCCUCAGAACUAUAACGUUAUUGUACGCGUACAUACAGCGUAUGUACAUAAUAUUAUGUGGUCUCAAAUGUAUCCAAUUUCUUUAUAAAAAAAAUCACAACCCAAGUCUAUCAUCAAUACGGAUUCUGUGAUUGGCAGUCGAUCGAUAUGAUCUUGUAAGUUCCAUCUAUCAUGGAAUCCAUGUAUGAAUCAAUGAAAAAUUAGGAUAAUAAGCAUUGAUAAAAAAAUUUUUUUAAUCGGUGAUCAUUUAAUCUAAAACAUUCAAAUCAAUCUGCGCCUAUGAAUAAUCGAAGUACUACAAUAUGUAUGUAUUAUGUGUAUCAAGAUCUGGGUGCUUCAUUCAGAAAUUAUAACUGAAAUACACUGAUAAUUAAUUCUAUAUCUAUGAAAUACACUAUAACUGAAAUACAGAAAGCUUCAACUACAUAUUUGAAUGGGAUUAAUGAUCGCGAAUACCAGAGAAAGACUAAACAAGUUAUCAAAUUUACUCUGUAUAUCAAUGUAUAGAAGACUGAUUUUAAUGUAGUCAUAAAUUUGGAGACUGACUGAAAUUUUAUUUACUAUUUUUUGACGGAUAGUCUUUUCAGAAUAGUAUCUCGAAAGAAUCAAGUUUUGCUGCGUACUACUAAUUCAACUUUCGCCACUUUACUUAAUUAGAACGCUAAUAGAAUGAAUUCGUAAUCACCAUAACGUUCCAAAUUAACAGACGAGGUGCUAUUACAGGUGGGGCACGAGUUUUACAGUGAAACUAAGUACGUUUCGUUCACAUUAAGUUAACAGUAUAAGAAACACGCUCUCAAUUGGAAUUUAAGUUUAUUCUACAAAAACAUAAAAAGGAUUUAUUCAUAUGAAGCCACACAGUAAAAUUCUAAUUACGACCUAGACGUAACGUGAAGCCUAGGUCAUAAUAAGAAAAAAAAAACAGAAACAGUGUAGAAAUGACGAAAACAGCCUUUUGGCCACGACGACUUUGAAUUUAUGUAGCUCUGUUUGUUUUCUUUCGAACUAACGAAUUGUUCGAUAUUCAAAACGAUUUUUCUUAGACGAACCCUGUCUGACCUUUUUGAAACUUCGGUACUGUCGAACGUCAUCAAAUGUCAAAUAAUUAAAUGUGACUGUGUAUAAUCUAUGAUGUGACUUCUCAAAUAUUAAGUGUAUAAUCUAUGAUGUGACUCAUAAACGCAUUCUAACAUAGAGACCGUGCUUUUGCAAAACAAAAAAAAAAGUAUAUUACUAGAUUUUCAUGAGUACUCAAUAUCGUGACCUCGUAUUCGCGUAGGCGUAGUUCAAGUAGACCAUGAAGAUGUGACUUUCACUUGAAAUCGUCUCGUGAUUACCACGACGAUUUCAUUAACACAACACACGUCGCAUAUGUGUGAGCAUUUUUGAAAACUAUAAAUAAAACAAAAUCUUUCUUUAUAUAUAUAACUAGCUGACCCGGCAGACUUCGUAGUGCCUCAAUCGAUAAAUAAAAGGUCUAAACUUUUGUAUAAAAUAAAAAUAAACUUAUAACAAAAAAAAAGGAAUCCGCCCGACCGGGGACACAUCAAAGGGAAAACAAAAUUGUUGUUUUUAUUUCAUUCCGGGCAUUUCAUAUUUAUCUACCUUUUAAACCUUCUCUGGACUUCCACAAAUAAUUCAAGACCAAAAUUAGCCAAAUCGGUCCAGCCGUUCUCGAGUUUUAGCGAGACUAAUGAACAGCAAUUCAUUUUUAUAUAUGUAUAUAGAUUUUCAUUAAUAUUUUAAAUAAAACAUUAUAAAAAUACAUUUAAAAAAAAACAUCUUCGUAAUUUAAAAAAGAGCUUUACGUCUUAAAUAAAAAUCCACUCUAAAACCGCAUCAGAUAAGAGUUCGCAGUUCUAUUGUUUCAUCGCUUUGUAUUGCAAAAUUCGUCACGAUUGCGGGUUUUAAUUUUGCAAUUAAGUGUUUCGCCUUUAAAUAAAGUGUAGGUAUUCCAGGUUGUUUAACACUGGAUAAAAUUCAAUUAUUUGUAAUUGAAAACUUUUGCACUCAAACAGAUUACUGUAUAUUUUUCAGACGUUCUUACGAUCCAAAACUUAUCAUCAUAAAUUGCUAUGGGAGGUUCAUAAGCUCGUUAUAAGACGACUUUUAGAACGUAUUGUUUUAUACAUUUUUACCACGAUUAAUUAUUAUUCUUGGUAGUCUUCUUUUAACGACUUUAUGAAAAUACCAAAAUUAAAUUAUGAGUAAGACCGUGUGUGCAUAUGAUUUUCGGGCUAUAAUCACGCCAGUCAUCGGGUCCCACAUCAAUAAAAUGAUCACUGAAGUCCAUAGACAUCUUAACGUGCCUUUGAAGUUGAGGUCGAAUGCUCAAUUGUAUUUAACUGUAUAACGGUAGGCAGCGGCAUCGAUGUUACCCUAGCAUUGCUGACGUCCAUGGGCGACGGUAACCACUCACCAUCACGUGGACCGCACGCUCGUCUGCCUACUAGGGCAAUAAAAAAGAAGGUGCCCCACCCUUUAAGCCGGAUAAGAAGACGGCUUCGUAACAGAAAACGGCAGAAUAGUGGUAGCUACUCGUCCGGACUUAUAAAUACGCCUUAACUGGUGGUAGUUAUACAAAUUGACCAUUUUUUGGACUUUGAUUUUUAUUACACUGUUUUAUUAAUGUCCUAUUUUAUUUGGUCAAGUAUUCUGAAUCACCUCGAACGGGGCAGGGAGAACGUGUUCUCCGAAGUUUGGAGCGAUACUAUGUACGUCACAAGUAGUUUACUUAAGAUUGGUCAAGGUUGGCAGUAAAUUCGCCAUGUUUGCUAUAUUUUGCUAUGUACAAUGAUUGGGCUUAAUCAAAUUGGGUCCCCUCUUCUAAUCUAUGUUUGCUUUUUGUCAAAAUAAAAACCCUAUCUUAGAUAAUGGAUUGUGAUAACAACUUUAAGCUGCAUGCACAACUGUUCAAUUAGGCAAAUACGAAUUAAUACUGGUCGGUUGUUUAGACUUUUAUAAUUGCCUUAUACCUAAAUCGCAGAUAGAAUACAAUUAUUAUUAAAAAAAGAACAUUUUUUUUUUUUUGCGAUUUCAUAAAAUAUGUCUAAUGCCUAAUAUCGAAAUCGUUUUUUAUCGUUGUAUUGCCACCACUUAGUUCUGACCUUAUUAUAUGUACAUUAACCAUGUGGAAUUACGGAUGAAUAAUAAUACGAAUAAACCAGUCAUUUUCGGACGGCAUGUGUGUAAUCACAUGAUAAUGAUGUACGAUAUCGAACGUAAUGUCCUAGUAAGGUCGUCCUGUGGCGUUUUAUGAAUAAAUUAUGAAAAUAUUAAGUUUUAAAACGAAGUUGGUUGUUUCGUUUGGCAACCGAUUUAGUUUUGUCCGUGACCACUCACCAUUUCAAUAGUACUCCAGUGCUAUUCAAAGCUUUUUUUUUCCUAUGCUGAUAGCCUUGAAAGCCUAUUUCAGCUUCACCCUAACGUGUGUAGGUGAGCUCACGGGGCUCAAACCGGAGUGUUGCUAACACUGACCCUACGAGAGCAGUGCUUCACAGAAUCUACCACCGGAUCGGAAACGCGACCCACUGAGAAGAUCCGACGAGAAACUUGGGCUGUGUCUAUGGGUUAAUUCGCUCGUCGAGCCCUUCGUCGCAAGCGACGGGUUUGACGAGGACGGUGACCGGUAAUUCGAAAGCAUGAAAAGGUCGACCCUUCAGAUCGUAGGGCGAGCACGAAUAUUCAAGACGUUAGGGUGAAAUAAUCGACUUUAUAAUUCGAUCUUGUAUGGAAAUUUGAAUAGCGCCCCGUGAGCGUAUUUGGAUCAAAAAAUCCAAUGUGUACACAUAUAACGCCCUUCGUAACGUUGUAAGUAAAACAUACAUAUUUCUAUUAUACCUGAAUAAAUUUUUCUUCUCCAUUUUAUACAAAAUAAAUAAAUCAUCAAAAAAUAACUUUUUUUUUAAAUUAGUGAUAUUCUUUCUACGUAUUCGAAUAUAUUUUUUUAUCAUAUUUUUUUUAUUGGCCUUGUAGGCAGACGAGCACACGACCCACCUGAUGGAGAGUGAUUACUGUCGCCUGUGGACUUUAGCAAUGCCAGGGGCAGAGCCAAGCCGCUGCCUACCAAUAUCAAAAUCAUAUCAAAUCAAUAUCAAAUAUCAAACAAUAACAGACGUAUGGAAAUCUUAAGGCGUCAGUGUGAUUACAGUAAAACUUCGACCACUGGACGAACAUUAAAACAAAAUACGUAACGCACGUUCGAACAGCUUCGAAUUUUGCGAUCGCUAACAUAAAGAUAAACAAACGUCCACACAUGUUCAGUAAUGGCCCGCUGUUCCCAUAUCGUUUGCAUGCGUCCGCUGUGUCCGCUGAUAAUGAUAUAGAGUAUAGUAAUUGCGUAACCAAACUGUGUUGACGAACAACCGAAUCCUGGUUUGAAUAAAUAAUUGACGUUAACCUAUGUACUGUUCGUUUUUUUUCUGCUCUGAUUUAAUGAUGGCGAAACAACGCUUUGCAAGUCUUGAUGAUGUGGUUCUAGACGAUAGAUUGUGCAAUAUGUUCAAAGCGAGAACAAUGAGUGGUCGUUGAUUGACAGAUUUAUUCAUUGUUGCUGUCUUGGACUCCAGCAGAAAGUGAACUCACAUGAGCGAUGUUCGUAUCGCAACUGAAGCUAUUUUAAUUCCCUUGCGAAAUAAUUGGUUUUGUUAACCGACCGCAAAAAUGAGGUUCUCAACUAGACUGUAUUGGUUUUUGUAGGUUUUAUCUUUUUUUUUUACAUGGACCAAUAGAAAUCUCGCGUUUCUCAUGUAAUUCCAAUUAAAUUUGAUAUUUGAAUUAUAUACAUAUUUUUUAUGUAGAAGUCAAUUGAAUAUAAUGCAUCAUAAUAUUCAAUUUGAUUCGACUACAUUAGUGAAAUUCUCAGUUUAUUUUUUGAAGUCGGCUUUCUUAUCUCUUUAUGAUAUUGCUUUUAAUUUAAAGUUAUAUAAGUCUCUUCGUUGUUAUUAUGAAUAUUAUUUAAUUAAUUAGUAAAUUGAUUCACUACGUUCAUAUUAAUUUCGGUUCUUAAAUUGGUAAACGAAGCUGAUACUAAACAACUUUUUUUUACCUAUGCUGAUAGCCUUGAGAGGCUAUAUCAGCUUCGCCCUAACGUGUAGGUGAGCUCACGGGGCUCAAACCGGAGUGUUGCUAACACUGGCCCUAGCAAGGGUAGUGCUUCGCAGAAUCUACCACCGGAUCGGAAACGCGACCCACUGAGAAGAUCCGGCGAGAAACUCAGUGGGCAAAACAACCAGUAGCCCGUGUACACAAAUGACAAUGAUGCGAACGCCACUGCUCACUUUAGUACAAGGGAGGAAACUCCUACAAACAGUAUUCUUCUUCCUUCUGGAUGUUAUCACGCACGAUCUACAGAAUCGUUGCAAUUCAUCUCAAGCACCGGAUCACAUACAUUUGAGAAUCAUUAUCUUUAAACAAAUAGAUUGUUUGUUAGCUUCUAUUGUCUAUUUAUGACGGUAUUUUGUACAUCAAUCUACUACUGAUCGUUACAUAAUUGACCUUGAAAUGAAAAAUUUUACUUGGAGCUGAUUAAAUUUUGACUAGAGUUUAUGCUUUUUAUUUAUAUUAAUGAGUACUUCUUAAAAGACCGUUUUUUUUAAAGUUCUAUGAUAGGCAAAACCGGCCUGCUUUGCUGGUCAAUCUUUAAUCUGACUUUGUUCCAAUCAGACUAUCCACUAGAACCAUUUUUACAGAAUCAUCCGCAAGGCGAAUCCGAAGACAUCCUAAAAAUUCUAUUAAAAUAUGACCAACCUUUUUGCAGUCUAGAGAAUAUACACUUUUAUAUGCAGAUAUUUAAGUUAUUACUUUGACUUAGCCAAUAACGACAUUGAAAUGGCCAUUCAAAUAUAAAUUUACUAGCGGACCGCUCCGGCUCCGCUCGGGUCUUUAACAAAAAUUUCAACGUUUUAUUCAAGUUCAAAAUUUUAUUUUUUUAAAUAAAAGAACACUUAUUGCGGCAUAACUAUAAUAGUUAGACAUAUGCUGUCGCGACACUUUUUGUAAAUAGUAAUGUGUUCUACAAAGUCGUAGUACAUUAUUUUAUUCUAUCAUCAAUAGUUAUCGCAGGGCACGCGAUGUAAAGAAUAUUUUAGAUAAUUUUUUUACACCUUGGGUCACAUUAUUGAAGUUUUAGUAAGGAUGCCUAAUUUUUUUCAAAAAAUAUUAUAGCCUAUGUCAUUAGAGAAUAGUGUAGCUUCCAAACAGUGAAAGAAUUUUUCAAAUCGGUUCAGUAGUUUCGGAGCCUAUUCAAUACAAACAAACAAACAAAUCUUUCCUCUUUAUAAUAUUAGUAUAGAAAAGGCAAAAUUUUAAGUACCAUUUUGUCCUCUCUUUGUCAACAGUUUUUUUGUAUUAGCUAUUGACGACAUUAUCAAUACAAAACAAUUUCGAAACAGAUUUACAUCUGUACAAGAAAAUAAAAACAAAAAAACAAAACAAAAAAAAUGUAACACAUAACACGUGAAACUAAACCUUGAGGUGUCAUCGAUUAUGGUCGAAUUUCGAUUAUUGGACGGACACUACUUAUUAUGAAUCGACGUGAAUUGUUGCCGAAACAAGAAAGAAUACGUGUCAUCCAACGACCUCGAAUACUAUAAUAAAACUCGUCAGCCGAGUGCUCUUAAUUAAAUGCUUUCAAUACAAAUUCUUUGUGGACACGCAAUGACCACUUUUAGAUCGAUUUACCCAUAUUUUUGGUUUGAAUACAAUUAUUCAACGACUCAGGCGUAGCCUACUGACAUGUAUUGGUUAUUAUUAUAUGAUAGUUUAAUCCACAUGUCCACGGCUCGAACGAAAUAUGCUUCUAAUUCUUUUGUCCGUAGAUCUUGUAGGUUGUAUGAUGCUAAUGCUGACAUAUUUUGCUUGUCACUUGUAGCUUAUAGAAAAGCUAUUUUAAAAUAUUUAUAAGGUUAUUUAGCCCGAUGAGUAUUAUAGUUUUAUAGUGUUAGUUGAUAUAUAAAAUAAUAUGUGCGUAUUGUGCUGCUUUUGUUUUUUUGUAAUUUAAAUUUCUAAAAUUCUCUUUUCUGUUCACUUUCUACUUAUAUGUCAUGUUCUUACGACAGCUUACUGUAUAGAAUAAAAAAAAAUAAAAAAAUGUCAUGUUGAUUGUGGAAACAUAUUUGGUUAUUGUUUUAGCUAUAUUUUUUUAAAUAUUAUAUAUUGAUAUUGUACUGUUUGUUUCCCAAAUAAAUAAAUAGAAACCUACAUACUUUUAUAAAUUAGAUAAUUCUUAGAAAUAAUUUUAAAUGAGGCGCAGUAAGUAACGGUAGGCAGCGGCUUGGAUGUUACCCUAGCAUUGCUGACGUCCAUGAGCGACGGUAACCACUCACCAUCAGGUGAACCGUAUACUCGUCUGCCUACAAGGCCAAUAAAAAUACCUUGAAACUUCUUCUUUAUCGUGCCCUCAAAAAUAGCCUUAUAUGAAUUUGUCUCCAUUUACUUCUGUCCCGCACCAGUUCAAUAGAUCGUUGUAGAGUUUCCCCUGUUUUCUCUGCAAUACUUUUACACCACCGUGUCGGAAUUGGGUUCCUAGAGCGUUUCCACUGUAUCUGUCCCACUCGGCUUGUUCUAGAGUAUUAAGCGGUAGGCAGCGGCUUGGCUCUGCCCCUGGCAUUACUGAAGUCCAUGGGCGACGGUAACCACUCACCAUCAGGUGGGCCGUGUGCUCGUCUGCCUUCAAGAGCAAUAAGAAAAAACGAUCAACUGCUUCUAUAACUCAUGCAUAUUUGAGUUAUGGCCUAAGAAGCUUAAUUAAAGUUCUCGGUACAGAGAGAUAAGUCGUUUUUUUAGUGUAAAAUCAAUUCGUUUGUCCUCAUGGUUGUCCAUGGUAUUUUUACCAUUCAUCUCCAGCACCACACUGUCCAGCACCUUCAGACACGAUCUAAAUCGCUAAUUGUAUCCUAUAACGGCUAUUCCACACUUCAAACCAGAAUGUCUCAAAACUCUCAAAAUAAGUACCUAAAAUUAUUGGGUAAUCGACCUGUAUUACUAAUACCCAUGCUAAAAGUGAAAUUUUAAAAUAAAUAAUUGCCUAUUAAUACGAAAUUCGUCAACAAGCCCCUUUCAUACGUCACGAAUAUAAAUUUCGAUCGAAUUUUAGGGUUCAGUGCCUAUUUUUCUACAAAACAUAUUUCAUGAGUCGAAAUUUAUUAAUUCGCAUAAGCAUAUCGACGCUUGAAAGGCAAACGUGACUAAGCGACAAUAACUGCUUUGUACAUAAAUGAUAGGCAAUAACCAUAUUCGAUGCGCAAAAAAAUUAUAGGUUUAUCUAGGUCUAUUAAAAUCAUUUCAAUCCUUCAGCUAGAUUUGUUAAAAUAGAUUUUUUUUCAGGUAUUUCUUAGGUACAUUUUAAAUUAAUUUCAACUUUGAAUUAGUCUACUAUAAAGUUCACACAUUGUCGCUUAGUCAUGUUUGCCUUUCAAGCGUCGAUAUAGAAAAGUAUGGAUGCAAUACUUUUCUAUAUUUUAAAAUGUUACCUAAUAGUAUACUGGGUCCGCGAUACGCUAAUUUGUUUUUUUAGUAUUUUAGAUUUAUUAUACCUACAGCUAUAUCCAGGGCAUCAAACAUACCAAUAUACUAAUCGUUGAAAUUUAUUGAAAAUGUAUUUGGGUCAUAUACUACCCAGUAAAUUUCUGAAAUUCGCAUUAUUAUUAUCAGGGUAAUCUAUCGAUUUACGGAUUCGUUCAUAUUGUUUUGGGUCCAAGAUUUUGCUAUUACAGCUAUUAUUAUUAUAUAACUUUUGUUGUUACUAACCUUAUACUCUUUGCUAAUUACGAUAUUUUUACUUGUCAAAAUUUAAGUCAGUCGCACAAUAAAUGUCGUUGCAACCACACACAGUUUUUCUUUACGGAUAGUACGCAAACCAAAUUGAACCUUAAUUACAUCAUUCAUAUUGGUCAAAUUCGAGCGGAUUUUUUGAACAUACAAGCUAUCGAAGAUGGACGCCGGCCAGUGAAAAUAUUGUUUUCCAGUAAGCCGUAAACCACAUUCCAGUGAUUUAAAGACAAAUAAUUUAUACAUAAUUUAUAAAUAUUACAAUUUUAUUCCGUUUUCUGGUUGGACGGUACUAUGGAUGAACUUUUGAACGUUUUAGAAGAUACAGCUGCGCUCUUAAACAAAACUCAAAUUAAUUUAAAGAAAUGUCCAAAAGCUAGAUUGACAAGAGGUUAUGUAGAAGCAAGAAUCAAAUGUAUCGAAGAAUAUUGGACUACAUUUAAGCAAACGCAUCUACAAUUGGUAAAAAUAACACCGAAAGAACAAAGACAAGAGUUACCAUAUUUUCAAAAUGAAGAUUACUUCGUGUUCGAAGAUUUGUAUCUCGUUUUGUUAGCCGAUUUAAAAGAUCUUUUGCAAUCUUUCACACAAGCAGCCGCGCCGAGUACUUUAACGUCCUCACCAAAUAAUUCUAAGAUUAUUGCGGAUACCGAAAACCUUGUUCGGUUACCGAGAAUCGAAUUACCUAAAUUCACUGGAAACUAUGAAGAUUGGCCUACGUUUCAAGACCUAUUUACCUCCUUAGUGGAUAAGAACCCGGCUUUAAGUGACGUACAAAAGUUACAUUAUCUUAAGAGUACAGUCAGCUGCGAGGCAGAAACAUUAUUAAAACCUAUUCAAGUCACGGAAAACAAUUAUAAAAAAGCAUGGAAUAUUUUGAAGUCAAGGUAUGGAAAUAAAAGAUUAAUAAUUAACUCAGUGUUGAAGAAAUUAUUUAAUCAGAAGAAAAUUAGUUCUCAGUCUGCAAAUCAAUUAAAAAAUUUAUUAGACGUCACGACAGAUUGUUUGAAUAAUUUAGAAAAUUUAAAUAUACCUACGACCUCCUGGGAUCCUAUAAUUAUAUUCCUUGUGAUACAAAAGUUAGACCCGGAGUCUCACAAAGAAUGGGAGCAGACAGCUUAUUCAAAAUCAGAGGACGAACUACCAACUUGGGAGAAUUUAAAAGAUUUCCUGCAGUCAAGAUACCGUACCUUAGAACUUGUAUUGUCCGUGUCAGGGACUUGUAGCAGCCGUGACAAACCUGUAAGAGAACGUUCACAUUUAGUAACUGCCACAGCCACCACGUCACAGCCAAAUGAAAGAACUUGCGUGCUCUGUAAAGAAAAACAUACAUUAUGUCAUUGUAAGAAUUUUACCAAACUGCAACCUAAAGAAAGAGCUGAUUAUGUCAAGACCAACAAUCUGUGUUUUAACUGUUUGGUGCCUGGGCAUUCUGCUUACCAGUGUAAGUUACAAAUGUCCUGUCGCUUAUGUAGAAGACGGCAUCACACUCUUCUCCACCGCCAUCAAGACUCGGCACAAACUGAGGAAAGGAAUCAACCGAGUGCAUCUCACCACGGUGUAGAAGAGAAAGAAGAGGUUAUAAAUAGCAUGAUGGCGUCACAUCACAGUACUAAGCAAAGCACAGCACUACUAGCCACAGCGAUGGUUUUAGCGAGGAACGAGCAUAACCAAACCGUUGUUCUUCGUGCGCUAGUAGACCAAGGUUCGCAGACUUCAUUUUUAAGCGAGAAGGCGGCUCAAAUGCUCAAACUUACCAGGCAAUUAGCGAGAGGAAGUAUUAUCGGGGUGGGAUCUACUAGGACUAACGUUGAUCACGUGGUUCAACUUAAGAUUGGCUCCCGCUGGAAUCCAAGCUUCGAAAUCAACAUACAAGCAUAUGUUAUGAGUAAAGAGUUGACCACGAAGAUCCCCUCCAAAGCUGUAACUGUCACACAUUGGCCACAUCUAGAAGGACUCAACCUGGCAGAUCCAAACUACUUCCAACCAGGUUCUAUAGACUUACUUCUUGGUGUUAAAGAGUAUGCACAGAUUGUGCAACCAACACUUAUUAAGGGCCCUCCAGGUUCUCCAUGUACCCAAGAAACCAACCUGGGGUGGAUCCUCUUCGGAGAAAUCGAUAAUAACCGUGAAAAUGAAUCAUUUCUGGUCCUUCAUCAUCAAGUCCAUAUAGAUCAUAUGUUGAAAUCCCUCUGGGAAAUUGACAAUGAUAAAAAGAGAAUAUUAACAAAGGAAGAAAAGCUAUGUGAAACAAUAUAUGAAAGCACACAUACGAGAAAUAGUGAAGGAAGAUAUCUAGUAAGGCUGCCAUUUAAUACAAAUAAUCCAAUUUCGAUUGAAGGAAAUACGAAGGAAAUAGCUAGAAAGAGGCUACUUCAGCUAGAAAGAAGAUUUAAGAAAGAAACUAAACUGAAAGAAGAUUAUUCAAAGGUCAUGCAAGAAUACAUAAAAGCUAACUACAUGGAAGAAAUACCUAAGAAUGAAAUAAAUGAGAGAAAAUCAGUAUACUUACCUCAUCACGCCGUGGUACACGCAGACAGAGAAACUUCUAAGACACGCGUAGUAUUUGAUGCUUCAGCGAAGGGCUCCAACUGCUUUUCUCUAAACGAUGAAUUGCUUGUAGGUCCACAACUGCAAGAAGACUUAAGGAAUAUACUUAUGAGAUCGAGAUUACAUCGUGUUUGCUAUGCAAGUGAUAUACAAAAGAUGUACCUGCAAAUAUUACUUUAUGAAGAAGACGCCGAUCGAUAUCAACGCCUUUUGUGGAGAGAGAAUGAUUCAGACCCGAUUAAAGAAUAUCGUAUGCUUCGUGUUACAUUUGGUACAGCGGCGGCCCCUCACCUGGCUGUAAGAACGCUUCACCAGGUGGCGGACGAUGAAGGUCGAAAUCAUCCAAUGGCUUUUCGAAUUAUUAAAGAAGAUUUUUACAUGGACGAUCUAAUGUCGGGGGAGAGCAGUGCUCCUGAAGCCAUAAAGAGAGCACAAGAAGUAGAUAAUAUUCUACAGAAAGGUGGAUUUGUAUUAUCAAAAUGGUCAUCCAAUUCUGCUGAAUUUUUGAAAUCUAUCGAACCAAACAAACGGACAUCUCGAGCACAGUUGGAUUUUAAAUUGGAUGGAAAUGUACAAGCCCUAGGUUUGAUCUGGAACCUGGGCACAGAUCAGUUUCAGUACAAAGUUAACUUACCAGCAAGGUCAAGCAGUAUUACAAAGAGAGGCAUACUAUCUGAUAUUCAAAGACUUUUUGACCCACUGGGAUGGAUCGCCCCUAGCUUAAUUUUGGCUAAGAUACUCAUACAAAGGCUAUGGCUAGAACCGAUUGGCUGGGAUGACGAGAUUAACCAAUCGCUGUUACACGAUUGGCUGACAAUUAGAGAAGACUUUGAACAUGUAAAAGAGAUAGGUAUUCCAAGAUGGCUAAACACAGUAAGCACACAGAUGGAAAACAUCGAGGUUCAUGGUUUCAGCGAUGCUUCCAUGAAAGCCUAUGCUGCGGUAGCUUACAUUCGUGUGAAGAGGGAAGAUGGUUCAGUAUUCACCAAUCUAUUAGCUGCCCGUACUAGAGUGGCACCACUCCGUACCGUGUCUCUACCACGCCUGGAGUUAUGUGGGGCGCUGUUAUUAGCAAGGUUACUUAAGCAAAUAAAAAAUGCAAUGCGUAUACCUACUUCUAACAUCUAUGCAUGGACAGACUCAUCAAUUGUUCUUGCAUGGCUAUCUGGUGAUUCUCAUAGAUGGAAGACAUUCGUGGCGAACCGGGUCGUAGAAAUUGUAGAAAAUGUAAACACACACCGAUGGUUCCAUGUAGCUUCGGAAGAGGAUCCUGCAGACAUCGGGUCGCGGGGCAUGCUGCUGGCGGACUUCAAACAGAAAGAGUUGUGGUGGACAGGGCCCAAGUGGUUAUGCAAAAAAGAAAUAAUAUACAGUAAGCCAGGAAUAACAGAAACAGAAUUGGAAAUGAAACCAGUAAAAUUAAAUACUUACCACAAUGCAGAAGAACUAAAACCUUUAACCGCUCAGUUUGAAGAUUUUGAUACGUUACCAGAAUUACUAAAAACUAUUAUUUACUGUAAAAGAUUUUUAAGAUACAAAAGUAAUUUAAGUACGAGCAAGGAAAUAACUACACAAGAAUUUGAAGAGGCGCUUAUCACAUGCAUUAAGUUAGUACAACAAGAAUUUAAAGAAGAAAUAGAUCGGCUAAGAGAUAAGAAACAAGUUAGAAAAAAAAGUAAAUUACGAUCGCUAAACCCAUACCUGGAUGAGAAUCAUAUCCUCAGGGUGGGCGGUCGCCUUAAACAUACUAACUUACCUGAUGACCGAAAACACCCAAUUAUUCUUGGAAAUAAGAACACCCUAGUACACUUGGUCGUUGCUGACGCCCAUAUCAAGACACUACAUGGAGGGGUUCAGUUAAUGCUAUGUUAUCUCAGAUCAAAGUAUUGGAUCUUAAGGGCAAAAUCAAUAACAAAGAAGCAUGAGUACAUCAAUGUUUAAUAUGCGCCAGAAUGAAUGCUAUUACCAGAACGUCACUGUAGCAAUAUUAUUAUUAAAUUAAUACUAAGUCUCAAGUUAAGCAUAUUGUAUUAUGAUGUCUAGUAUUUAAGCAACCUUUAUUUCGUUUUGUAGAAUAUUGUUUUGAAGUCACCUUGACGUUGUAAUUAGUGCAAUAGAUUUAGAAAGAACUUAGUAGUCCUUUGGUGGGCGGUAUGUUGUUACUAACCUUAUACUCUUUGCUAAUUACGAUAUUUUUACUUGUCAAAAUUUAAGUCAGUCGCACAAUAAAUGUCGUUGCAACCACA